CUGAGAUCUGAACCCGCAAAAACGUAGUCCCGGCAGUAGCCCAGCCUGGACCUCCGUGUCCCGACCUUGGGAUUCCGGGAGACCGGCUGCCGUUGCUGUCCUUCGACCACCCAGCCCCGCAGACGCUCAGGUGCAGCCGCCCCAUACAGGGCCUAGCUCACUGGGCUGCGGCAGCCAUGGCGCGAGAAGACUCCCCUCGAGACAGCUACCACCUGGUCGGGAUCAGCUUCUUCAUCCUGGGACUGGGCACCCUCCUCCCCUGGAACUUCUUCAUCACCGCUAUCCCGUACUUCCAGGGGCGAUUGGCAGGGGCCAAUAGCACAGCUGAGGCUCUGAGCACCAACCACACCGGCCCCACAGACUCUUACAACUUCAACAACUGGGUGACGCUGCUGUCCCAGCUGCCUCUGCUGCUCUUCACGCUCCUCAACUCCUUCCUGUAUCAGUGCAUCCCUGAGGCGGUGCGUAUUCUGGGCAGCCUGCUGGCCAUACUGCUGCUCUUUGUCCUGACAGCGGCAUUGGUGAAGGUGAACUUGAGCCCUGGGCUGUUCUUCUCCAUCACCAUGGCAUCCGUCUGGUUCAUCAAUUCUUUCUGUGCAGUGCUCCAAGGCAGCCUUUUCGGGCAACUGGGUACCAUGCCUUCCACCUACAGCACCCUCUUCCUCAGCGGCCAGGGCCUGGCUGGGAUCUUCGCUGCCCUUGCUAUGCUCAUGUCCAUGGCCAGUGGCGUGGAUGCCCAGACCUCUGCCCUUGGGUAUUUCAUCACACCCUGUGUGGGCAUCCUGCUCUCCAUCGUGUGCUACCUUAGCCUGCCCCAUCUGGAGUUUGCCCGCUACUACCUGGCCAAGAAGCUGUCCCAGGCCCCAGCUCAGGAGCUAGAGACCAAAGCUGAGCUCCUUCAAGCUGAUGAGAAGAAUGGGAUUCCCAUCAGCCCCCAGAAGGCAAGCCCAGCUCUGGAUCUUGACCUUGAGAAGGAGCCGGAGUUGGAGCUGGAACUAGAGGAGCCACAGAAACUGGAAAAACCUUCAGUCUUUGUUGUCUUCCGGAAGAUCUGGCUGACGGCGCUGUGCCUUGUGUUGGUCUUCACAGUCACCCUGUCCGUCUUUCCUGCCAUCACAGCCAUGGUGACCAGCUCCACCAGCCCUGGGAAGUGGAGUCAGUUCUUCAACCCCAUCUGCUGUUUCCUACUCUUCAACGUUAUGGACUGGCUGGGCCGGAGCUUGACUUCCUACUUCCUGUGGCCAGAUGAGGACAGCCGGCUGCUGCCCCUGCUGGUGUGCCUGCGCUUCCUGUUUGUGCCCCUCUUCAUGCUCUGCCAUGUGCCCACGCGUGCCCGGCUGCCCACCAUCUUCUGGCAGGACGCCUACUUCAUCACAUUUAUGCUGCUCUUCGCCGUUUCCAACGGCUACUUGGUGUCUCUCACCAUGUGCCUGGCACCCAGGUCUGGGGAGCGAAGGGUUGGGUGCUGUGCUGGGGAGACCCUAGCUCUUAGGACCAUCACCCCUAGGUUGCUGUCUUCAACUCUGGUGUCAUCCUAUAGGACAGGCCUUCUCUGUGGCACUUGCCCCAGGCUAGGAUCUGGGGACGUUACCUGUCUGGGUGGCCCAGCUAUUUUCUCCAGGGCGGUAGGGCUGGGACUCUCAGACAAGUAAGCAUGGCAGGAAGAACUAACCGGGACAUUUUGUUAAGAAUUAAAGUGAUGGAAUACCUGUGAGGGCCCAAAGAGAUCAAAUAUUCUUUCUCGGCGCCUUCAUUUUACAGAGGAGGGAACGGAAGCCCAGAGAAAGACCAGGUUGUAGUGACACAGGGUGGGGUCAGACCCAGACUAGAACCCUAGUGCAGAGGGGACAGCAGAGGGUGCAGAAGCUGUCUGUAAGGUCAGGCCCUGCCUUCUCCAUAUAAGUUUCUGUUUCUUUGUGUUCCAGGCAGGUGCUGCCACACGAGAGGGAAGUGGCCGGAGCCCUCAUGACCUUCUUCCUGGCCCUGGGACUGUCCUGCGGAGCCUCUCUCUCCUUCCUCUUUAAGGCUUUGCUCUGAGGGCCCUGAGUGCUCCCCACAGCCCUCCUCAUCAGUGCCCCCACAGCCCUCCUCUCCCUUAGCACGGCUUCUGGAGCUGGAACUUUCCCAGAGGACGACCUCCGCUACACUAUGCCUCUUGGUCUGUGGGUGCCAGGAGGGGGCAGAGACGACCUUGGCUGGGUGCCAUACUGCAUGUGGCAAGGAAGAAUCCACCAGCAGUCGCUCUGUCCCUCACCCAGGGAAGGAUGAACCUCACUGAGACGCACAAAGGAACAUACUGGAAGGCAAUACUCAGGAGAAAGAGGGCACAGGGCCAGGCCUUCCCUGCCACCAGGACUGCAUUUGUUCAUCCCACCCUCCACUGACCCCAGGGAGCAAAGCCAUCACAGGCCUUGCUGAGGACACCCUGAUGGUCUCUACCUCAGCUCAGAGCAGAAACUGGAGCCAGCUCCAGAAUACUUCCACCCUCUCACCCUCAAGGCCCAUGGGUAGGGCGUGAGGUGCCACGGAAGUUGAGGGGAAGAGAAAGCUCAAGGGACCAACCUCUGAGCCUCCAACAGUGUUUUUUCAUAGUCAGUACUCCCUAGCAUCCAGACAGGCCUGUCUAACACAAAGGCAGCUAGCUUGCAUGUGUUGUGCACUGCACUUUACAGUUUGCAAAGUUGUUCCACAACCACUCUCUCAUGGAAACCUCGGUGAGGCCUGUAGCUGGGUGGGGAUUGAGCCUCCCUGAGGUGUCCCUUGACUGGUCCAUGGAGAGUGAGGCCACAGCCUCCUCCUUGUAGGUGCUGACCUUCCAGCUCACCACUUGCUUCUCUUUCUCAAAGGUCUCCAGGCAGGUGCCCUGGGCACUUGCUACCAUCUUUUCACCCCGUUUCUCCUGUGACCUUGUU